GACGCGCCAGCACUGGUUUUAGUCAUUGAAAAAUUUUCUGGAUCACCUAUUUUCGUCGUUACCAGUCCGCUCACUUCAUUCUUCAAGCAUUUGUUGUAGCAAGUAACGCAUCUCUGAAAUCCAUCGGACCUACGAUGACUCAAAAGAUACUUCCCUUGUCUUGGGACAAUACACGAGUACGCUUGGUCGUUUCUCGAGGAGAAAGAAGGGUAGACACUCGAGAAAAUGAUACAACCGUGGAUAUCUCUUGGAGGAAAGUAAAUUUGAUGUGGCGUAACGGUUGGACCGGGACACGAGACCCCUGGAAACGACGAUGCUCCAGUCGAUGCGAUUAUCUGAAAAAGUAUCUAUUGCGUAAUUGUUCGCAAAAUGGCGGGAGAAGAGGGGUAGUGGCGUUGGCGGGAAACGCAUCGUCCGAUGAGCAUGUUAUCCGAUUCACGGUGGGUCAAAGAACAUCUUGUUGGUUCAGACGCGGGGAGUCUGAUCGAGAAUACACUUAGUGCACUCGGUCAAAAUAAGAAAGCUGGCUGUAGAUGCUUUCCUCUGUUGCUUUGAUCGGGAACGUAAAAAGAGGAGCACCUGACCAAAGAGCUGUCUCACGGGAAGAAAAGCAUCGUCGUAACGGAGUCUGCGUGUUACAACGACGACACUCAGGGAAACGGCGAGGGACGAAGAAGAGGAUGGAGCCACUGCCUGGUGGGGGUAGAUCAGAGGGAGAGGAUGGUGGAAGCGAAAUCUGGCCUCAGUCGUGCGCGACGCGCCAUAUGCGGUGGACCAUUUGUCAAGGCGCUCACAAAGGCCAAUAAUCUCGCGUGACACGUGUGAUUCCCCGAUAAAAAGUGUCACGUGCUGGCUGCACACCCCUCUACGACCGGAGGCGAGUAAGCCCCCACCAUCAUCACCCCGCGAAACUUCACGGAAAAACUUUUUCCCUCGAAGCCGCUCGACAAUUUCGUUCCAGUGUCGAACAGAGAGCGGUGUGUCUCGAACCUCAGCCGUAUUUUUUUCUCGCGAUUCAAUCGUCCGUAAGAAACUAAUCUUUCCUCGGAGGAAGGCGAAGAGCAAAAAAAAAGGAAACGGAACGAAGGGUGGAAGAGAAACGAAAUACCUUUGGUGCGGUGGAACAACGCUACACUUUUUCGGCGAGGGCCCUUUCCGAACAAACGCCGAUCGAACUCCCAGAGAAAAGUUUGGACCCUUGAUGCCGGACGCAAUGUCGUUGCCAAACGUAAAAGCUUAGCACUCGGACAAGAUUGAAAAAGUGGCACGAGACGAUCGCGUAGGACGAACAAGGGUAGGCGCCUUUUUUCCCUUCCGACAUACGCGAAGUUCGAUUAAACGAAAAUCUAUACUGGCAGUCUAUCAAAGCGAAAGUGAAACGAAGAUUUACGUUCGUUAUAAUCGAAGCUCGUUCACGAUGGAAUCGGUGUGAUCGAGCGUAACGCAACACAUCAGGUUGACGUUUAAUGCAAAUCGCUCUUUUUUCCACGGUAUCUGCUGCUACACGUUGAUCGUGUGUGUGACGCGUUCCGACGCGCGAGCCCUGAUGGACAAUCGACGAGGGUCUCGUUAAGGACAACCGGUGGAAAGGAGCGAAGAAAUUUAUGGUGCGACGAUCAGAGAAGCCUCUGUUUACUACAGUGGCUAUUUGUUUUGCAGGUGUUAUCAGCCAGGUGAUAAGCACCCUUGCACCGACUGUGAAGCCGAGCACGCUGACACGAGCGUUCUUCUCGCUCUUUUUCCACCAUUUCCCCGCAUCCUUGUAUUCCACGGCUUGGCGUCGACUCGGAGGGUGGCCUGUGCUGUGCGGUCCUCGAGCCGGAACACGGAAGCCUUCGUGGCGUGCACCGUUGAAAACGCGCCGGGGGAUGAUAGAAGAUGAGCGCGACCGGUGAAGGAGGGGCGAGAGAAGAGUGAAGGCAGCCACCGAGAAAGCUAUCCGGAACAACGAAGAUGAGAUGGGAUGCCGCGCUCUACCUACUUUCUCUGCUGCUCUUCUCCUUGGCCAAUCUUUGCUGGGCUCUCGUCGAAACUCGAGGAUGCAAUCGCACUGUCAGGAAUUCCGUUGGAUGGAUACGAUGGACGGGACGAAUGGGACGAUGUAUUAUUCGCAUCAGAGCGCCUCCUAGAGAUCCUCAGGUGAUCGAGUUAAAAGUUAGGAGGUUGCAAGUUGGUUUCCUGAAAGAAACCAGAUGCGAAGGCGCUUACGUUCAAUUCUCUGAUGGCAGCGAGGAUCUUGAGGAUGAAACAGGACGUUACUGCGGCUAUGUGAGUGGCAACACAACCAGGCUGUUCCUGCGAAAGGGACCGAAUUUAACGAUCAUAAUGGACUCGGACGUAAAGUUCGCCGCCGAAAAUCCGGUGAUCUUCUCCGCCCAGUUUUCCAUACUACCUGCUCAGCUGGCCGCCGAACGGCAUCGUGGAUUCUCGCCGUCCUCUUCGACCGAGUGCCCAUUGGAGUGCGCCGUGAGGAACGAUCGAAGGUCCUGCAGGCUCGCAUCCCCGGGUUAUCCGGGCGUGUAUCCGCGUGGUAUCAAAUGUAGGAUUGCUCUGGAGUCGAGCGCGGGUCGCUUUAAAAUCGGCGGACAACCGGACGACCUUUUCGACCUGAUGAACCGUACGUCGCAGGACGGUUGCCAGACGGAGAACUGCGAACAGCACGUUGAGAUCGUGGCGGAAGUGACGAAGACGAGGGUCGCCAGAUCGAAAGACGAACGAUCUCUAACGGAAGAGGUUCCGGUUGAGAGGCGAGCGAGGAGGAGCCCGGAUCACGACGAGGAGGUGGAAUUUAUCAUUGGGCAAACGUCGCACAAGACCAGGAAGGGCAGAAAUAAUCGAAGAAGACUUAAGAAAGCCAAAAAGGAAGCGGACGGAUCAAAGGGUCCGCGCGGCAAUUCCCAUGGAAAAGCAGCGAACGGGGAUAUCCGGAGAAAUAUCGGCCGUCCAAAAGAGAUCACUGAACAGUCUUCAGCAGACGCGUUCCACGGCUCGAGGAGCAGCUUCAGGCAUUCCGGUGGCUAUCGCGAUCAAGGAAUCCGGCUAGAAUCUAUCCAGAAGAGACUUCGUCACCCGCAGCGCGUCCAUAAGAAGUCCAUGGAUUCGAUAAGCUCAAAAAAGAAUUUCGAUCAUGAUCUAAGAGAUAUAUCGGACGCGAGGAUUCUACCCGACGGGUUGGGACACGAGAUUGCAAGGAAAGGCUUGAGCCAGGAGAAGAUCACCGCGUUACAGGUUCCCGACUACAGAUACGCAAAGAAGAGUCGAAUACCAGAAAAAUUAGCAAGCACCAGUUGCGUGGGCGAUUAUCUGGCGUUGCUGGAGAACGUGGACGGAAAGAUCUUUGAAAUCUCCAAGUUCUGCGGAGAGGGUCACGUUCCACGGAUCCUUUCGAAAGGAAGGAGCAUUAUCGUGGAGUUCUUUGCGGAACAGGACGGCACUAUAAUGCACGACGGGUUCCAGUUGUCGUUUCAGGAAACGGAAGAGGCGCCCGGCGUGAAACACGAUCGAAAUUGCGAGUUCGUUUACAAAAGUACGGAACGAACCAGGGAAAGUAUCAAGUCGUUGCAGAGCUGGUAUCCGCCGAAUACUUUGUGCAGUUACAAAUUUAUGGGCAGAUCGUCGGAAAAGAUCUCCGUUCAUAUGAAGAUAAUCAGGAACGAGCCGGACCAGGAAUACGCUUUGCAGAAACGGAACUUCAGCCUGAAUUACUGCUCCGGAAACGAGAUUGCGGUUUACAAUGGGAUCGAGGUGAACAACAGUGUCUUGAUGUGGUCUUACUGCGAUGUGUCCCACCAGGAUAUUAAUAACAUUCAAGUUCCUCUCACCUCCAGCGGAAAUGAAUUGUUAAUACAAUAUUAUAGCGCGAAGGGCUCGUACGAUGGGCAAGAAUUCACUUACACGAUAUCCUACAGGUUCAUAAAGAAAUCGCAGAAUUCUACCACUAGACGUCAAGUACAGGACGAUUUCAAGCUGAUCUCUCUCAGGCCGGUAAACUUUUCAGCGUUAAACUUCAACGAGAGCGAGAAUUGCAAUUGCGAUUUCGGCGACAGAAUCGGCAGCUUUAAAAACUGGUUUAUGGUACUCGUUGUCUUAGGAAUAGUCUCGUUUCUCGGUGCCAUCCUCACUAUAAUAGCCCUCCUUGCCAAAUGCAUCAAAAUGCGAUCGAUGGAGAAGAAACUGCUGCAGACUCCGAAACUAUAAGUCUGAUCAAAUUUUGUACGAUUUUCUAUCUGUUCGAAUAAAACGAUUUCUUUUUACAAGCGAAAAUAAAUUUAGAUCUACGCAUGUGCUCAUUUGAUCCACAUUUGGACAUCUACGUUUAUUUAUCGAUUGUUGCAAUGUGAUUAAAAUUUGGCCGGAUGUAACGAUCUUCAAAUAUUUACAACUCGAAUCAAAAUUGAAUUUGGAAUUGAAGAAUCGUGAAAUAGAUAUCGCAGAUAUUUCUCUUGAUAUAACUUAAUCUAUACGUUGCAAUAUUUUUUUCAGAGGAGUAAAAUAAGAUUUCUCAUCAUUUUUAUUACGAUGCUUUCGUUCUUCUUGAGUUACUAUUUUUUAAUAAUCUGUAUGCGUAAAAAUAUUUCUAUUUUGAUUUAUAUUCAAAUUAUACCUAACGACAGUUCUUGAUAUUGACGUUUCUCGUUCUUUUCUGUGAUUUUAGUCAACUUUGCAUUCACCGAACAAAUUUUCAUUCAAUAUAGGUUUUAUUAAAAAUAGAUGAAAAUGUACAUACAACAAUACAUAGAAAGAAAGAAAUAUAAUCGCAGCACAAAAUACAAAAUACAAAAUACAAAGUACUACUUUUGUAGCUUUGUUCUAUACUUGCCACAUUCUCACCUUCGUUCGUUAAUUUUUUCUUUAAUUUCCACUUUCGAUAUCAAGAGAAAUUAUGUCUCAAAAAAUAUAAUUUUACUUCAUGCUCUAUAAUUAAACCUGAAAAUAUAACUAGUCGUAUAAUUAAAAACAAAUUGUAUGAUGCUAAAGCAAUCGAGCAUCUUGUCCAAAUCAAAAAAUAUCGCCAAAAAGCGAAGGUCUCACCGAGAUUUGAACUCGGAUCGCUGGAUUCAGAGUCCAGAGUGCUAGCCGUUACACCAUGAGACCUUGAGAAUUUUUUUACAGAGAUUAGAAUAGUAUGCAUGUGUAAGUAAGUGCAUACUUUACACGUUUUUAUAAUAUUACAAAUGAAUUAACAUCGAGAAAUAUAAAUGACAAUUGUGAUCGACGCAGUAGCCAAGUCGAUCGAACAUAAAUUCCAUCAAAUUGCGAACAUGUAAAUACGGAUGAUCCUCGACAUACAUAUCUAAUUAGAAAAACAUAAGAAAAUCAAAUUGUUGACGUGGAAAUGAGAGAAAACGAACGAAAGAGCGUACGAAGUAGAUAUAAAUACAUACGAUAAAAAUUAUCAUACUUUAUUAGGAGAUCUAAGGAAAUAUCAUCGCUUGAGGAGAAAGCUUUAAGAAAUUUUUUUUACCGAUAACAAUAAGGACUAAUUGUACGGUCGUUGCGAACUCUAAUAUACCGUUAUAAGUGUUAUUUUGCAUAAGAGAAUAAACGUCGCUUCUGUACAAUAUGAUAAUUAAUCAAGGGGAACGUGUAAAGUCCAUGUAAUAUAAAAGCAUUCUUCGUUGAAUAAAUUGCUGUAUUAUAAACACUUUCUAUACCAUUAAAUGCUAUUGAUUCUCAUUGUUGAAUCUGAAGUCAAAGGUAGAGAGGUUUCUUCGUGCAUAAAUUACGAUUAUUCGGUGCUCGAUUCAAAUCUUGAAUAUUUAUAUCUCAGUUGAAUGAAGGAAAAUUGCUUAGGACGUACUAGUAAGUUGUUCUAAGCAAUUAGCAAACAUAAAAGAAUUAGCGUCAAUUGUACAUAAUAAUUUACCAUAAUGGAAUGAAAGGACAGACAUAUUUCUGUGUUGCAAUGAAAGUUGAGGCUGUAGAAGGAUAUUGUUAUGUAAGCAAAUCUCAAAGCAAAAAUACGUAAAGAAAGAAAAAAUGCACAAAUUAACAAAUCGUACAGACUAGUAAAAUCAGAACAUUGAAUCCUAAUUCUACUUUCAGCGGCAUACCAGAAUCAAAGAUAUCAAAGAAUACGUUUUUAUUGUUGCGAUCAUGAGCAAUUUAAGUAAUUUCGCGAGCAAACUUUAACGAUAUAAUGUGAAGGUUCAAAUCAAAAUAUUUAAUUAUAAUUAUAUUUCAAGCGACAAAGAGUUAUGAGAAAAUCAUAAGUAGAUGUGCUUGGAAACGGGAUGAAAUACGUGUGAACGAAACACUUGGGGGCGUAAUAUCGUCUGACAUAAACUAUAUCCCUACUUAUUACAUCUCGUGAUGAAAUUGCAAUGUUACAUAUAAAGAAAAAAGAUAAUCACAAAACGAUAUCACAUAAGAGAUAUAACUAAGUAACCACUUGAGAGAAAUAAUCUCUCAAGUUAUUUGUAUUCAUCAUUUUUGCAAUUCAUAAUUUAUAAUACAUAAAAUGAAUGAACUACAUCAUUAACAAAUAUGAAAAUUAAAAAAUUUCUUAAGCAGAUUUAAGAUUUAAGAAGACAAAAAUGAUCGCUAAUCAUAUGUAAAAUGUUUUGCUAAAUGUAAAAGAAGAUUUCCUCGUUGUUCAUAGACUAUAUUUCAUUUUUUAUCAUUUACGAAUUAUUUAAAUUAAUUAACUAAUGCAAUAGUACAGCUGUUGUUAAAAGCGAUGGCAGAAAGAUUAAAAUAUUAUCGUUGAAUAAGUAAGAUUUUAGUAUUAUAGUUAUAACCGCUAUUACAAAAUUGUACAACAUUUCAACAAAAUUGGAUUAAACGGGAUGCAGUUAACGAGAUAUUUUUUCUUCAAAUUCAAAUGAUGAUUUAAAAGAUGUAAUAACUAAAUAUUCUUUUUUUAUUUGUUUACAUAUAGAAUAAAUUCUUUCUGGUAUCACAUUUCCAGGUAUUAUAAUGUCGUUUUAAAAAUCUCCAUUUUAAUUUAUACAAGUGCUUCGUUUAUGAAAACGGUAACUUUUCCAUUAAACCGCAAUCUACCUACAUUAAUUUAAGAGCAGUUUCGGUGAACGCAUAAUGCGAGACACAAUGAAGCAUUCUCACUGACAGUAAUUGGACGUUGCGCAAGCAAUGAUUUACCGGAAAUAUAUUACAUUGGCUAAGUCAAGGCAUGAAUCAGCACUUAUUCGUGUAUUUUGCCCGUAUUUCAUAAAGCAACGAGCAAAAAAGUGAACAAGCGACACAGCUGCGGUGCCAAACAAUAAUUUGUUAAAAUGUUCCUACUCGUUUCGUACACGAAAUGUCGCGAGAAUGUUAUCGAAUGUAGAUCUCUAAGUAUUAAUUUUUAUUAUCCUCGCAUAUUCACGUAUCUCCGUCGAAUACUAAAUUGAUCUACAUUUAUAACAAUGGAACGUAUUUUUAUAAAAAAAAGAAAAGAAAAAUAAAAAAUAAUAAUAAGAAAAGCAACUUGUAAAUGUGAUAAAUAUUUAAUCGAAUUGUAAGCCCACUAACAAUAAGCGAUCUACAACAUGUAAUAGCAUCAAAUUGCUCGAACGAUGUGUAACUGUAUCAAGUGAAAUGAAAACACUUCAUAAUAAAAACAAAAGUAUUGCUAAUUGUA